AUGCUCACGGCGCUCAGGCUCUCUGGUGUUGCCAUCGGUCUGCCUUCUUCCAGGUCGGGCCUUGGUUCGCAAACGCGCUCCCCAGAGUCACAUAAGUUCGGCCCGCUUAGGUUCCGUCCCGAUGGGACAUUCCACAUCUCCAUCUUUGAAGACCUUCACUUCGGAGAGAAUGCUUGGGAUGACUGGGGGUCGCAACAAGACAUAUACUCGCUCAAGGUUAUGGAAACAGUCCUCGAUGCCGAGCCAACCACUGACUUUGUUAUCCUCAACGGAGACCUCAUCACUGGAGACAACGCGUUUUGCGAGAACAGCACCGACUAUGUCGACCAACUCGUACGCCCCAUGCUUCAGCGCGGACUGACCUGGGCGUCAGUGUACGGCAACCACGACAGCGACUUUAACCUCUCAACCACGGAUAUCUUGGCGCGAGAAAUACAAUGGCCAAACGCCCGCACUGCAAAUAUGGUACUGGAACCAGACACUGGUGUGUCAAACUACUACCUCCCUGUCUACGCAAGAGGCUGCAACCCUGCCUGCAAGAGCUGCCAGCCGGCACUGCUCCUCUGGUUCUUCGACAGCCGCGGCGGCUUUAAGUACCAGCAUAGAGACCCGACGACCGGCAACCUUGUCCCUCUCCCAAACUGGGUCGACUCCCGAGUAGUGGACUGGUUCAAGCAGACCAACGACGACCUCAUCCGCAGCGCCGGUGGCAAGGUCAUCCCCUCGCUUGCCUUCGUGCACAUCCCGACCAACGCGUCCCGCGCGCUGCAAGACAUGGGAAUUGACAAGCAUCGCCAGCCGGGCAUCAACGACGACAAGCCCCUGAGCCAGCAGGCCCAGGGGUGGUGCCCCGACGGGCGCAACGAUGGGACGUGCGGGUACGGGGGGCAGGACGAGCCCUUUAUGCGGGCGAUUACGUCCACCCCCGGGCUGAUGGCGUUGUUCUCAGGACACGAUCACGGCGACACAUGGUGUUACAAGUGGGAGGGGUUGUUGCCGGGCAUGACCGUGGAGGGAAAUGGGGUCAACCUGUGUUUUGGUCAGCACUCGGGGUAUGGUGGGUAUGGCAGCUGGAUUCGUGGUGCCAGGCAGGUCGUUGUGUCGUUGGAGAAGCUGGAGAACCGGAUCAUUGAUACCUACAUCCGGCUCGAGUCGGGGAGGGUGGUCGGGGCCGCCACGCUCAACAGCACGUAUGGACAGGACCGGUAUCCGGCGACGCCUAACGACAAGACCCAUCUCCCGUAG